UGGCUGUGUGCUUGAAAUAUUUAAAUAACAUAUUUACGGAUCUCAAUAGGUUUUCAGACAAAACAAAUACGUCCACCCCCUUGACACAACGCAACAGCUGUACAAACUCCGCUAGCUUUCUUUGGCCAUCUGCGAGCAGAGCAACAUUGCGCAAAGCCAAUAUCGUUAAACCGGUUUUCCUCUGUUGCGUCUGUCUCGAAUUUUCGGUGUGUGUUUUGCCCCACAUGUAUUUUGGUUGCACAGCCAGCUGAUUUAUUAUUGGAUCUCUGUCGGUGCCAACGAACUCGCCAACCAAACAUUUUCGGCAACGUUUACGUGCCCAUUCCUCUAUUUGCACUGCUAACAAGAUGAAAAACGUUUUAGAUGUCAUGUCGCUGCAGCAGCACGUGGAGUCCAGCAAAGCCCAGGCCCAAGCGCUCAAACCCAUUGACUAUCGCAAGUUGAACAUGCCAGGCAUUGUGCCACUGUACAUAUUCGAGUGCGCCACCAAGCUCAAGAUGAAGCCACUGACUGCCGCAUGUGCCGCCAUUGUCUACCAUCGCUUCUUCAAGGAGGUCAAGCCCACUGACUACGAUGAGUUCCUAAUUGCCGCAUCUUCGCUGUACCUGGCUGGCAAAAUCAAGGAUGACGAUUGUGUGAAAAUACGCGACGUCAUCAACGUGGCAUACUGCACACUGAAUCGUGACAGUGCUCCGCUGGAUCUGAACGAUGAAUACUGGUCCAUGCGCGAUGCCAUUGUCCAAGCAGAGCUGCUCAUUACACGCACACUCGGGUUUGACUUGAACAUAGAUCUGGCGCACAAGUACCUUCUCUACUAUAUGAAAACCCUGCAAGACUGGGUGGGUGCCGAGGUGUGGAACUCGGUGCCGAUAGCCAAGGCGGCCGCCUCGUACCUACAAGACUUUCACCACAGCCCCAACAUACUUAAAUACAAGCCCACACACGUUGCCAUUGGCUGCCUCUCGCUGGCCAUGCAGACGUACGGCAUACAGGUGCCGCUCACCGACGAGGCGGAGGAGGGUUCCAUGUGGUACAAGCCGCUCGUUAAGGACUUUACCAGGGAGCAGCAGUGGGAGAUCAUCGAGAAUGUCAUUGAAGUGUACAAGAACGAAGCUCUCCUCAAGGCGGCAUAAUCUCGGACUGUAGGCAGGACUUGAACUCUGCUGUAAUUGGCAUUCCCAUAUGAAUUUAUUUAUUAUUUGCUCACAAAUCAUGAAACACCAUCCCACCAUCCACCCAAUCUUAUAGCCUUGGGUCAGCAGCUCUCAAAUGUCUUUAAUGCAUUCCCAUCUCCAUAGAAAAUAGGAAAUAGACAAUGAAAACCGGUUAAAGCGAAA